AAAACAAAAUACGAAUUAGUUAAAUGUUAUUUAUAGAAAGUGUAUUUGAAUGCAUUUGAGAAUUCUAUUGAUUCCAUUCCAUUUUGCAUAAUGUUGCCAGUCACACGUGCACACUUGGAUCAUAUUUGUUGCAUAUGUCUCCUGGACAUAAGACCCGCAAUAUUUACUCAAAAAGUGUACGAUGUCAAAGAAGAAAAAAAUAUGUCCAAAAUACUUAAAGUCACAGCUCACAUUACGGUAUUAAAAAAUCCAAUGAAUCAAAAAUAUAUCAAUGAUUAUUGUCGGAAAAUAUGUGAAAUAUGCUUCCUUAAGACUCAAUAUUCGUACUUUUUUCGUGAAAAAAUUAUGGCCUCCACAGCAGCGCUAAAGGAGCUGCUGGAAAGUGAUGAGCUAAAUGAUGAGGAUAUUAAAAGAUUGCAGUAUUUUUGUCGUAUUUGCUUAAAUCGACAGAAUACAAAAAAUAAUGCAAAAAGUUUAAACAUGCAACAUUUAAAUUGGUUAAAGGACUGCAGUGGCAUACGAUACACUUCGAUUAUAGAUACGGAAAAAUUUCGAAUAAAAGAGGGAACCAAUAUCAAUGAGAUAGCUGUUAUCAAUGAUACACACUUUCCACAGCAAUUGUGCCAAAACUGUUUAAAAAAACUGCAAAAUGUUGAAGAUUUUCGUAAAUCGGCUACACAGACAUUCGAGUACAUGAUCUCAGUUAUGGGUGAUGCAAGUGGCCCGGACGAUGAUUUGGCGACACAAGAAAUUAAGCAGUUCCGAGAAAAUGUAAUAUGGAAAGAAGUACCACAAACACAGCCAGUUGCAGUAAAUGAAAUCAGUGCCACGCAGGAUUGUGCGAUUUUUCAAAUUGAAGAUGUUAAAUAUGAGGAAGGUUAUCAAGAGAGCUUUUGCACAAAUAGUUUACAAUUUGAAGUACAUAACACUUAUACUGGUGUCGAUCCAAUUGCGGAUGUAAUAGAUUAUUCGAACAAUACACUACAAAUGAAUGAUGAUGCAUUUGAAGAUGCCAUGGACUUUAUGGAGGAGUUUCCACAUUAUUCCGAUGCAGAUGACGACGAUGAUGCAGACUUAAACUUAAAUUUUAGCAUUGAAACGGUUUCUUCGGCUGAAUUCAGUGACAAUGCUGAUAAAAAUAAAUGUUUAAGAAAAAGUCGUGAUAAAAAUUCAAUACAAUAUUGUACAAGUAAUGAAAACAAAUUGUCGAAGCAAAAUGAAGAAAAUAUCGAAAAUGGAGAAAAUACAAUUAAACCAAAACGCCGAAAUAAAGAUAAACAAUCCACUGAAGAUAAAAAUAAAUUGUCGAAAAAAAAUCAAGAAAAUGGAGAAAAUACAAUUGAACCAAAACGCCGUAAGAAGCGUAAACAAUCAACUGAAGUUGAAAACAAUCGUCAAAAACGCACAAGAAAAGCUAAACAACCAACGAUAACCGGAAAAUCAUCACACUCUGACAACAUGAAAAGCACUGAUGAUGACGAUGUUAAAGAUACGAUAGUGUGCGAAAAAUGUUCCCAUGUAUUUGCUACGAUAUCCACCUUUAAAAGACAUCAACGAACAGUGCAUGCUACGAAUCAAACGAUGCACAAAUGUCAGAUAUGCUCAAAAGAAUUUAAACGUAAAAGUCAUUUAGAUGAUCAUGUACGGACGGUUCAUGAAAAACUUAGGGCUUUUAAAUGCUCCCAUUGUACGAAAUCAUUUGCUUCAAACAGUUCGAAAAGAGUUCAUGAACUUACACACACUGAUGAGUUUCCCUUUGCAUGCGAAUGGUGUGGAAAACGUUUUCGCCAAUCCUUUCGAUUAAAGGUUCACUCAGAAAUACAUACAACCAAACCCGAACUUUUGUGUCCAAUUUGCAAAAGAAGCCAAAAGACGGCCAAAGACUUAGAAGAGCAUCUGAGAAGUCACGAUGAUAAACGUUUACAGUGUCCUUCGUGCGGCAAACUAUUUUUAAGAAGUUCACAUCUUAAAGAUCAUUAUAAUGCAGUCCAUUUAAAAUUACGUCCUUUUAAGUGUGAAUUUUGUGAAUUAGCUUUUGGUGAUCGGAAAACACGACGUGUGCACGAAAAAAGUCAUACGGAAGAUCGUCCUAUGACGUGCACCGUUUGUAAACGUGGUUUCAAUUCUUCCAUCUCUUUUGGCAAACACAUAAAGCAGUCUGGGCACUCAACAGAGGAAUGUAAAAGCAAAACAAAAAAAUCUAAAAAGAAUACAACUAAAUUAUUAAGUCUAUACUACCCUGAAAACUUAACACUGUUUUAAUGUAUUCUCUAAAGUAUAUACCUAAUUUAGAAAAUACAUUACAACCUUUAAAUAUAAACUAAACAAACAUUCCCCUUUUCACAGUCAACAUGACCGAACAAUUUUACAUGCUGAAGUUGCUGGUUAAAUUUUCGUUUCCAUAAUUAUAUUCAUAUAUAGACUAAUUCAAUAACAACUGAAGGCUUAGUGGAGUAAUAUUAUAAGGCACAUAAAUCAAAAAAUUGGUAUAAUCGACUUUAAAUUUAAAAAAUUAAAUAUGAAUGUAAAUUUUUAUAAAAUAAGCAUUCUGAUUUAACGAAUAUGUAUAAAAAAUCUAAUUUAAAAAGAACUUAUGUUUUUACACUAACGCCCUCUCAGUUGUUAAUGGCUUACAAAACGAAUUUUGUAUAAUAAUUUUAUGAACAUUUGGUUUCUUUAAUGAACAUUAUGAAUAUAAAGAUAAUAAUAAUGUAUUUACAUAUAAUUGUUUAAUUAUAUAAAGAUUAAAAUAAUAAAAUUUAUAUACAUUAUAUUA